AUGCAGACCUUCGUUUUGCUCGCCCUUGUGGCGGCAUGCUCCGCAGCAGUCAUCCAGGUGCCAACGCACAAGACCGAGUCACUCCGUGCCAAGCUCAUCAAGGAGGGCAAGUACACCGCCUUCUUGGCUUCACAGCACGCCGCUCGUGCUCAACAGCUCAACACCGGAUUCCAGCCAUUCGUCGACUACUUCGAUGACUUCUACCUCGGAAACAUCACCCUCGGAACUCCACCACAGCCAGCCACCGUCGUUCUUGACACCGGAUCAUCCAACCUUUGGGUUAUCGAUGCCGCAUGCAAGACCCAGGCUUGCAACGGAUACCCAGACUCUGGAUACACCAAGCAGAAGUUCGACACCACCAAGUCGACCACCUUCGUGAAGGAGACCCGCAAGUUCUCGAUCCAAUACGGAUCCGGAUCCUGCAACGGAUACCUCGGAAAGGAUGUUCUUAACUUCGGAGGACUCACCGUCCAGUCUCAAGAGUUCGGAGUUUCCACCCACCUCGCCGACGUCUUCGGAUACCAACCAGUUGACGGAAUCCUCGGACUCGGAUGGCCAGCACUCGCCGUCGACCAGGUCGUCCCACCAAUGCAGAACCUCAUCGCCCAAAAGCAAUUGGACGCUCCACUCUUCACUGUCUGGCUUGACCGCAACCUCCAGAUCGCCCAAGGAACCCCAGGAGGUCUCAUCACCUACGGAGCCAUCGACACCGUCAACUGCGCCAAGCAAGUCACCUACGUUCCAUUGAGCGCCAAGACCUACUGGCAAUUCCCACUCGACGCGUUCGCAGUCGGAACCUACUCUGAGACCAAGAAGGAUCAAGUCAUCUCCGACACCGGAACCUCAUGGCUCGGAGCACCAAACACCAUCGUCUCCGCCAUCGUCAAGCAGACCAAGGCCGUCUUCGACUGGUCCACCGAGCUUUACACCGUCGACUGCUCCACCAUGAAGACCCAGCCAGACCUCAUCUUCACCAUCGGAGGAGCCCAAUUCCCAGUCAAGUCUGUCGAGUACGUCCUUGACCUUCAACUCGGAGGUGGAAAGUGCGCUCUCGCUGUCUUCUCUAUGGGAUCCGGAGGAUUCGGACCAUCAUGGAUUCUUGGAGACACCUUCAUCCGUCAAUACUGUAACGUCUACGAUAUCGGAAACGGCCAAAUCGGAUUCGCCACCGCCGUCCACAAGGGAUUGUAA